CCUCCUCGUCGCGGCUGCGGAGCGCGGCGGGUCCCGCCCGGCUGCGGCUCUCUCGGCUCCGGGCCGGGGCCGGGGCUGCGGGGGGGGUUGUUCCCGGCAGGGCUCGUCCCCUCCUUAUGCCGCAGGGCCCCCCCUGGCUGCCCGAGCCCCCCCCGGGGCCGGAGGCGGCGGCCGCGGCCGGAGAAAGGGGUCGGAGCCGCCGCCAACUUCGUGCGCUGCCCGCGGGGCUCUGCAGGAAGGACCCGAAGCUCUGCUUGGUCUCACAUCCCUGCCUCCUCUCCCCAUGGUAGCGAUGCCAGCCCUGACACCCCAUAGCAGCCCCACCACUCACUGCACACAGGGGGCUGGCGUCACCCAUGGGCACCACUGACGGAGCCGCCGGAGCCAUGCUGCCUGCCUGACCACUGCCGGAUUUCGGGCCGCGCACUCUGCCCCAGCACGGCUUUGGCGAUGAGCGGGGCUUCCUUUUGCAUGGAGCGUCUCUCUUUCUGCCUCCUUCUGAGUGCCUGGAGCUGGGGUUGGGCUCCCGGGGGUGCCGCCAAGCCCAAGGGCCAGGGCUACCCACAUAUGAACUCCAUCCGCAUUGACGGGGACAUCACUCUUGGGGGGCUCUUCCCCGUGCAUGGCCGGGGUGCCGAGGGCAAAGCCUGCGGGGAGCUGAAGAAGGAGAAGGGCAUCCAUCGCCUGGAGGCCAUGCUGUUUGCUCUGGACCGCAUCAACAACGACCCGGAGCUGCUGCCCAAUGUCACUCUGGGCGCUCGCAUCCUGGACACCUGCUCCCGAGAUACCUACGCGCUGGAGCAGUCGCUGACCUUCGUGCAAGCCCUGAUUGAGAAGGACAGCACCGAGGUGCGCUGUGUCAAUGGGGGGCCCCCCAUCAUCACCAAACCCGAGCGGGUGGUCGGCGUCAUCGGCGCCUCGGGCAGCUCUGUCUCCAUCAUGGUGGCCAACAUCCUGCGGCUCUUCAAGAUCCCCCAGAUCAGCUACGCCUCCACUGCACCAGACCUGAGCGACAACAGCCGCUACGACUUCUUCUCCCGCGUCGUCCCAUCCGACACCUACCAGGCCCAAGCCAUGGUGGACAUCGUCAAAGCCCUCAAGUGGAACUACGUCUCCACGCUGGCCUCCGAGGGCAGCUAUGGGGAAAGCGGUGUGGAAGCCUUCAUCCAGAAAUCCAGGGAGGAUGGUGGUGUUUGCGUGGCCCAGUCCGUCAAGAUCCCACGGGAGCCCAAACCUGGAGAGUUCGACAAAAUCAUCCGCCGCCUCCUGGAAACCUCCCACGCACGAGCGGUCAUCAUCUUCGCUAAUGAGGAUGAUAUCAGAAGAGUGCUGGAGGCGGCCAAGAGGGCGAACCAGACAGGGCACUUCAUCUGGAUGGGCUCUGACAGCUGGGGCUCCAAGAUCUCCCCAGUGCUGCACCUGGAGGAGGUGGCUGAGGGCUCCGUCACCAUCCUGCCCAAGCGUGUGUCUGUCAAAGGUUUCGAUCGUUACUUCUCCAGCAGAACGUUGGACAACAACCGCCGAAACAUCUGGUUUGCUGAAUUUUGGGAGGAAAACUUCCACUGCAAACUGAGCCGGCACGCGCUGAAGAAGGGCAGCAGCAUCAAGAAGUGCACCAACCGGGAGCGGAUUGGCCAGGACUCCUCAUACGAGCAGGAGGGCAAGGUGCAGUUUGUCAUCGAUGCUGUCUAUGCCAUGGGACACGCUCUGCACAACAUGCACAAGAACCUGUGCCCUGGAAAGGUGGGACUGUGCCCCAGGAUGGACCCGGUGGAUGGUGUGGAGCUGCUCAAGUACAUCCGCAACGUCAACUUCUCAGGCAUUGCUGGGACUCCAGUGACCUUCAAUGAGAACGGAGACGCACCAGGACGUUACGACAUCUAUCAAUACCAGAUCAGGAACUCCACUCCUGAGUACAAAGUCAUUGGGCAAUGGACCGACCACCUCCACCUGAAGGUGGAGAACAUGCUGUGGCCAGGGGGUGGGAGCCAACUCCCCAGCUCCAUCUGCAGCCUGCCCUGCAAGCCAGGUGAGAGAAAGAAGCUGGUGAAGGGGAUCCCCUGCUGCUGGCACUGCGAGCGCUGCGACGGAUACCAGUACCAACUGGAUGAGUUCCACUGCAAGCGGUGCCACUUCAACGAGCGGCCCAACGAGAACCGCACCAGCUGCCCCCCCAUCCCCAUUAUCAAGUUGGAGUGGAGCUCCCCAUGGGCUGUGGUUCCCGUCUUCAUUGCCAUCGUGGGCAUCAUCGCCACCCUCUUCGUGGUGGUCACCUUCGUGCGCUACAACGAUACGCCCAUCGUCAAGGCCUCGGGGAGGGAGCUCAGCUAUGUCCUGCUGACGGGCAUCUUCCUCUGCUACGCCACCACCUUCCUCAUGAUCGCCGAGCCUGAUCUGAGCACCUGCUCCUUGCGACGCAUCUUCCUUGGGCUCGGCAUGAGCAUCAGCUACGCUGCGCUGCUCACCAAAACCAACCGCAUCUACCGCAUCUUCGAGCAGGGCAAGAAGUCGGUGAGUGCCCCGCGGUUCAUCAGCCCCGCUUCCCAGCUGGUCAUCACCUUCAGCCUCAUCUCGCUGCAGCUCGUGGGCGUCUGCAUCUGGUUCAUCGUGGACCCGUCCCACUCUGUCAUUGACUACGAGGACCAGCGGACUACAAACCCCCACUUUGCCCGGGGCAUCCUCAAAUGUGACAUUUCGGACCUCUCCCUCAUCUGUUUGCUUGGGUACAGCAUGCUUCUCAUGGUCACCUGCACUGUGUAUGCUAUUAAGACCCGUGGGGUCCCAGAGACCUUUAACGAAGCCAAACCCAUCGGGUUCACCAUGUACACUACUUGCAUUGUGUGGUUAGCCUUCAUCCCUAUAUUUUUUGGGACGUCGCAGUCAGCAGAGAAGAUGUACAUCCAGACCACGACGCUCACCAUCUCAGUGAGUUUAAGUGCUUCUGUGUCUCUGGGCAUGCUCUACAUGCCCAAGGUGUACAUCAUCCUCUUCCACCCGGAGCAGAACGUCCCCAAGCGCAAACGGAGCCUGAAGGCGGUGGUGACGGCGGCCACCAUGUCCAACAAGUUCUCCCAGAAGGGAGGAUUCCGUCCCAAUGGAGAGGCCAAAUCAGAGCUGUGUGAGAACCUGGAAACACAAGCACUGUCCACCAAGCAGACCUACGUCAGCUACAGCAACCAUGCAAUUUAACUGCAGCGAUCUCAACCGCCUGGCACAGAGGGAGGCUGCAGGGGGAGCCAACCCCAGCGCUUACAGCAGAGCCCAGCGGGGAGCAGGACAGGGAGGUGACAGCAGGGUCCUGCUCCGGGCCGGGCCGGGGGCUGAGCUCCCAUUGGAAGAUGAUCAACAGCAGCAAAAAAUCAAAUCAAGAAACAAUCAAACUAAAGCACCGAGCACCGUGAGGACGCUUCCAGCCCCAUGGAGGAGCAAUGGGGCAGAGGGGACGGAGCGCGGGGAAGAGGGGACGGACUGCGGCGAAUCUUUGGGUUUAUUUUCCUGUAUCUUAGCAAAAAAGAAAACCAACAAACCAACAAACCCACCAUUUUCCCUGUUCUGGAAUCGUGAGGUUGUUUGUGGUUGUGCAGAACCUUCUGUUUCCUUUCUCUUUUUGGUUUUUAACCCAAUCCUCCCCUUUUCUUUUGGUCCCAUCUUCCUCCGCCCCCCCCCGCCCCCUCCACUCUCCCGUCUCCAACCAAAUUCUCUGUGUUGCAAAAAGGAAAAAGAAAUAAAAAAAUCUAUAAAAAUUUAAAAAAUAAUAAUAUAUAUAUACAUAUAUAUUAAAAAAAAAACCACAUUAAAAAUAACUGGAGAACGAAAUAAAAAUAAAGUGAAACCCAGACUGUGUUCAAAGUGCUGAUUUCUAUAGGUGGUUUCUUAAUGUACGUGAUGACCGUAUGGAUUGAAAUCUGUCUGCUUUAUGUACCGACCAGUCAAACCAACACACACACACACACAUGGAAUUACAAAGUUCAGUGCCUGGAUGUUUAUGAACUAUUCGAUGACUGUGUAGAGCAUGAUCAUUUUUAUACGAGGAGAUUUCUAAUAAAAGACCAUGGUUUUGCACUCGG